GGGCGCGCGGAGCAGGGAGGGAGGAGGAGUAAGAGUGGGGGAGGAGGAGUCACGCGCAGGUCCACAGCCCUGGCACGCUCCGCUCUGUUUAACAGCCCCCCCUCCUCCUGCCGCUGCCUCCUCCUUCCCCCCACCCCCACCCUCGGGCGCUUCCCUUCCCCAUCGCCGCUGUUCCUUCCCGGCUCUACCCGACAGCGUGUGCCUCCUACGUGCGUUCCACUUGGUACGGCCCACCUGGAAGAUCAUGGCGAUUGAUGGUGGUGAAAGACCCUGUGGCGUACAUGAACUAAUUUGCAUUAGAAAAGUAUCUCCUGAGGCUGUUGGAUUUCUGUCAGCAGUUGGACUGUUUAUUAUCCUGUUGUUGAUUCUUUUUCUAUAUAUUAACAAGAAGAUGUGUUUUGAGAAUGUUGGAGGUUUCCCAGACCUCAAUUCACGAUACAAUGCCAGAAAAAAUUCACAGGACAAACUUUACAACUCAUACAUAAAUAAAGAUCAGCAUGGUUCAUCAUCUGAAAGUGAAGAUGAGGCACUGGGUAAAUAUCACGAAGCCUUAUCCAGAACACAAAAUUCAAGGCCACCAGCAGGCGAUAACAGACAACAGAAAAACUAUAUUUGGGAAACCAGACAAAAAUAUAGCCCUCUGUCUGCAGAGUAUGAUGGGUACAGUAGUGAAGCCUCAAUAGAUGAAGCAAACUGCAUUCAGAGAAUGAGACAAACACCUCCUCUUGAUGAAUUGCAGCCCCCACCGUACCAAGAUGAUAGCGGCUCCCCGCAUCUCUCAUGCACGCCCUCCGAAGUUGGUGACAGCAAAUGUGAAUUCUCUCAGUGUAGCAACAGUCCAAGAUGCUCAUAUAAAUGCCCAAGCGAAGGGAGCACUGGGCAUGAAAUAGAAAGCUUCCAUAACAAAGGAUGAGAAGAUGUACCCAGUGACAGCACUGCAGUCCUUAGCCCAGAGGAUCUGUCAGCUCGAGGAUCAUCAUCACAGCUCCCUAAAUCUUUUGAUCCUGAACCAGAAGCUAAGUAUGGCACCCUGGAUGUGACUUUUGACUACGACUCGCAGGAACAGAGGCUUCUGAUAACAGUGACAGCUGUCACAGACAUUCCAAAUUAUAGCAGGACAAGUGGAAGUUUAUGGCUACACCUGGUUCUUCUUCCUAUCAAGAAGCAGAGAGCAAAGACCAGCAUCCAGCGGGGUCCAUGCCCUGUCUUCACUGAGACAUUUAAAUUUAAUCAUAUUGAGUCUGAGAUGAUUGGGAAUUAUGCAGUGCGCUUUAGACUGUACAGUAUACGCCGUGUAAAAAGAGAGAGGAUUUUGGGAGAAAAGAUAUUUUACUUAACCAAAUUAAAUCUUCAAGGGAAGAUGUCGGUACCAGUGACAUUGGAGCCAGCGUACCCUAUUUCCGGCUGCGACUCCCAAAUGAGCAUGUCAGAAAUGUCCUGCAGUGAAAGUACCUCCUCCUGUCAGUCUCUGGCACAUGGCUCAGCUCCAGAAAUCCUCAUUGGACUGCUUUAUAAUGCCACAACUGGAAGACUAGCAGCAGAAGUGAUAAAAGGCAGCCACUUCAAAAACCUGGCAGCAAACAGACCACCCAACGGACUGUUCUGUUGUCUAAAACACUUGAUAGGUGGACAGGUUUAUAUAAUACGAGAUACGUUUGUUAAGCUGACGUUGCUGAAUUCUAUGGGCCAAGAGAUGUCCAAAUGCAAGACAUCUAUCCGAAGAGGGCAACCGAAUCCAGUCUACAAAGAGACCUUUAUUUUCCAGGUGGCACUGUUUCAGCUUUCUGACGUUACACUCAUAUUGUCUGUGUAUAAUAAACGCAGCAUGAAACGAAAGGAAAUGAUAGGCUGGAUUUCUUUAGGUUUGAACAGUUCUGGUGAAGAGGAACUAAAUCACUGGACUGAGAUGAAGGAAUCCAAAGGACAACAAGUAUGUAGGUGGCACUCGUUGUUAGAAUCUUAAUGAGUAGUUGUGGCUCCACGUAAUGUCAGGAUUCCACAAGGCUGCCCCGCAGAUGCAACCAAGAGAAAGUGUUGCAGAAGUUACAAUUCAACAUUCCACUUUUACAGAUGCACAAAAUGCCGUGGAGCAGAAUUUACUUUCACAUCUUCAGUUAACACCACUGAGUUCAGGUGACAUGCACUGGACGCAGAAGAAAGAGCAAUCCCAAGUCCUUAUUUUGACGCUUUCAGGAUUGUUUUGGUUCACAUCUCAGUUUUCCAUUUAACUAAUAGGUAUUUUGUGUAAAUCAUCUACAAUUGCAAAAUUCUCUGAUUGUGUUUGUUUUCUUAGAGGUGCUAUGCUGUGUUAUAUAUGACUUGUCAAGAAGCAGAUUUAGAGAGCUGGGGGAGUAGUUAAAUAGUAGAACACAAAAAUUAGAAUUUGGGCACACAGUAGUUGGAACAUUGCUUCCCCACCCCCUUAGGAACUUAACAUUUCCUUAACAGAGUUUAAUUUUGAAGAACAACAUGCAAGAGCACUCCUGCUUAUCAGAUACACAAACAGCUCCUCUGUGGUGCCUGCUUUAGGCUGGGAGUUGUAACUCCCUAUUUGCUUCCAAGAGCGGAAGUUGUUAGAAUGAUGAAUCACUGCUAAUGGUGUGCAUAAACCCAUCACAAUUCAUCCCUGGCAAACACCUUUUUGUGUUGUUUCAGGAGCUUACAGACUUGUUUGACCAGUGGCAGCAGUGAGAGAAAAGAAAAAUGUAUGUGUACACCAUGGGAAGGGAAGCCUCUCUCAAAAAACUUUCUGCUCUCUUGAACUAUUGUGAGAGUGCCAAUUUUCCAUGCAGGAUCCUCUUGCAUGUCGUUUCCUUGGAUCUGUCAAAUCAGGUCUCAAUAUUUUUGGCAUUGAUAAAAUUGUCUUUGAAUCCACCUCAGGAAUAAUCUCUACUUUAUGUCAUGCAGUGAUCACUUUUUUAGUCUACGGAUCCCUCACAGGCCUAUUUAGACAGGUUGAAAACACAGGAUCUAAAGAUCUGCACAACUAAUUCAGUGCGCCUACGGGAGCUUUAGAGAUGUGUUUCUCAAAUAGCAACCCUCCAUGCUUU